GAAAAUAUUUGCUGUCAGUUUCCAUCAAUAAUAAUAUUGUGUACGAUAUCCCUGAACGUUUCCUCUUCUUACAUAUCGUAGACACUACAUGGUAGACACCAUCUAGGACACGGCAGCUAGAAUAAUAACCUUCACUACCAUUUAACGCCAUUGUCAUUCACUGCUUGCUGUUUCUGGUAACUAAUGCCUCGAGAAAAUAGUUUCAGCGACUCGGAUGGUCGCUCGUUGACCCCUGACCUCGACGAAGAGGUCUCUGGAGGAGGCAUUUCCCCAACCUCACCCACCUAUUCCAUUCCUCGCGACCAACUUUUGGCAGAACCUUCAUUCAGCUCUGCACCAAAGGAAUCUACAGAAAUUUCUGCGCAUUCAGCAAGUUCAAUUCGCAAGAAGGAUGCCACAGGACCAUCGACUACCUCUUUUCCAAUGGCUACCCGUCCAGAGCUAGGCCCUCGAGACCGAUUCAGGUCGUCUGUGCGAAAAGUAAUGGCCAUGCGCCGGAGCACCACGUUGUUGCAGAACAACAACAUUGGGGCCGAGCCUGGUGUUGAUCCUCGUCGAGCAACAGCAGACCUUCAAUAUGGAGGAAUCAAACAGGAUUGCGUUAUCGAGCUCAUUGACUACUCGUCCACCAGUAUCAGUUACGGUCGUAUGACGAACAAGGAGCUCGUCAAUAUGUUGGGCGACAAGAAUGCCAGCGCGCGCCAGAGUUGGGCAAAGGUCAGAUGGAUCAAUAUCGGUGGGUUGAGCUGGGAUGUUAUCAAAGCUGUCUCCUUGAAAUACGAUAUCCACCCAUUGGCUCUCGAGGACGUCUUCCACACGCGUAGCCAGACUCGUUCAAAGGCAGACUACUACAACAAACAUCUUUUCCUUCGCAUUCUCUGUCACGAACUCGGUGAUCCUGAUGCAGAACCUAAAACAGUUGAUUCUGCCGCUUUAGGCUCGACUUUGACGGAUGCACCACGCUCAUCAUCACCGUUGCCUUUCGAAGAUGGCGAAGGGUACGAAAUGUUGGAGAAAAACGACAAAGCAUGGUUCGGCAGUCCCUUCGGAUCACGCAAAUCGUCGACCCUCCGACAACGAGGGGGAAUUAAGAAAAGGGAGAAGGAUUUGGAGGAGGGAUCUCUGAAGAAGGCCCCCUCGUUGUUUUCGUUGACCCAAAAUACGGAGACCCGGCAGCAACGGCGUGAGGAAGAAGUCAGUAUUGCAGCCCUGAAGAAAGGCGCGCGGGUUACUGUUGAUGUUUCACCGAUGCAUAUUUUCUUAUUCCGUGAUGGCACGGUUAUCUCGAUGCAUCCAAAUUCCGACCUUAGCCUUACCCAACCCAUCACUCGCCGUCUUCAACAACGAGAUACGAUGCUCCGUACAUCUGCUGAUCCCUCUUUACUGGUGCAGAGUCUGCUUGAUCUGAUCGUCGACAAAGCUUUGGAAGUCAUCGACGAGUAUCACCUUAAGAUCAAGAAAUUCGAGAGACAGGUCCUUCUUAAACCCGAAGUCACGACUGUGCGCAACUUACACAUCUUGUCCGGAGAUCUCAUUCUGCACAAAAGGACGCUCGAGCCGAUCAAGACAGUCGUCUAUGGCUUAAGGCGGUACGAUCUCGACCGUGCUGCAGCGUUAGUGGAUCCAAGCGUCGCAGGCAACAAAGAUACUAAAGUCGUUGGUUUUAUGAGCCACAAGUCAAAAAUUUACCUCGCCGACGUGUACGAUCAUAUGGAGUACAUCCUCACCAGCAUUGAAAUGUUUGCGGGUAUCACGGAGAACUUGAUCAACUAUACGUUCAAUAUGUCAUCGUAUGAAAUGAACGAAGUCAUGCGACGAUUAACUCUUGCCACCAUUGUCUUCCUCCCGUUGACGUUAUUAACUGGUUAUUUCGGUAUGAACUUCGAAGCUAUGUGGUCCGUACAAGAAAACAGCGAUGUCCUUUUCUGGGAGAUUGCUAUACCGGUCAUGCUAGUCGUUAUCCCGAUGUUCUUGAUGCCAGACUUGAAAAGAAUGCUGCAUUACAUUCAGAAAAGAAUGGUGUCCCAGAAAGCACUCAAGUCUUAUAAGGGAUUGUAAGCCUGAUAAGAGCAACCAUCUGACUUUGCGCACAAGUUCCUUUCCCUUGCCCCAUCUCUUCCAUGUCUACACUCAUUCACGAUAUCAUGCAUCUCUUCUACAUUGCUUUUAGUACAUUUCUAAUAUUAAAACCAAAUAUUCUUUGGCUCAUACAUCUUCAAUUCGUGCUAUCCUUACUACUCAAGCCUACAGGUUGCACCAGGCUAUCUUCACAUAUACAUAUACUUGCUUUCACUGCUUUGCCAUUCAUCUUACGCGGAUACAUAUCUUCAUAAUUAUCUUGGGUUUCAUGUCGUUCA